AUGAAACAAAAAAAAAUGGAUUUUCGUAACAACAAAAAUAAUAAUGAUUCAAACAAUGUAAUUAUAAUAAAUGAUGAAAUAAAUUCUGAUAUAUCAUUAGAAAGUUGUGAAGAAGAGGUUGAUAAUUAUGAUAAUUUUUUAACACAUAAAAGUGGUAAUGGAAAUAGAGUUCUUAACCAUAACCAUAUUCAUAAUUUAAAAAGUAAAAAGAAUAAUAUUAUCAUAGAUUUAACAUUAAGUGAUAAUUCAAAUAAAGAUUAUGUAGAACAUCAAAAUGUAAAAAAAAAUUGUGAAGAUAAUUUCAAGGAAGGAGAUAAUCCUUCAAAUAUUUCUGUAUCUACUAAAGAGUUUAUUGAUUGUUAUAAUAAUGAUAAAGUAAAAAAUAUUAAAGUUAAUGAAAAACCAAUCGAACAAAACAAUCCAAAGAAUCAAGAAAGUCAAAAAAAUAUACAUACAAAUAAUACAUCCUUUAUGAAAAUAUCAUGUAAUGAAAAAAAUAAAAAUGAAAUGAUUAAUGAAUUCAAAAUAAAUGCACAUGAUAAUAUUAGCACACAUUUUGUACAUACAAUAGAAGAAGAUACCCUACAUUUAAAUGAACAUAUUAAUUUUAACUAUAAUAAAAACAAUUGUAUGAAUUUCUUACAUAAUGAACAUAAUAAAAGAAAUUAUGAACAAAUGAUGGAACAUAAUAUAAGAAGUGAUAAAAAUAAAAGACAUAUAAUUAUAGAAAAUACAAAGACACAAAAAAUUACUAGUCCUUGUAUUAAUUUAGAAGAUAUAACUCAACCUGAACAUUUGAAUCAAACUCCACAAAAAAAAAAAAAUUAUUAUAGCAACACUAAUAAUAAUGUAAUAGAUCUAGAUAAAGAAAAUCAGCAGACAAAAGAUUUUUGUUUCUAUAAAAAUGAUCAUUCAUCAAGUAAUAAGAAUAGAAAAAAAAAUAAUCCAAAUAAUCCAAAUAAUCCAAAUAAUCCAAAUAAUCCAAAUAAUCAAAAUAAUCAAAAUAAUCAAAAUAAUCCAAAUAAUCCAAAUAAUCCAAAUAAUCCAAAUAAUCCAAAUAAACCAAAUAAUCCAAAUAAACCAAAUAAACCAAAUAAACCAAAUCCUUUUAAAAGUAAUUUGUUUAGAAAUAUAUUAUUUAAUAAAAAAUUUAAAAUAGAAGACUUAUAUUAUAUAAAAUUAAAAUAUGAUGAUUUAUCAAAUAUAGAAAAAAAAGAAGAAGAAAAUGUUAAAAACUUUUAUAAUAAAUAUUAUAAAUGUUCAUUUUAUGUAGAUAAAAAUAUAAAUAAUAUAUGUUUAAAAAAAUACGAUAUUUGCAACUACUGUAAACAUUGUUUAAAAUUUUUAAAAUUUUUAAUAAUUCAUGGAAAUAAAUAUAAAGGAAAUUUAAUCAAUAUUUUCUUUAUAUAUUCUGAUAUUCAACAACUUAUAUUUACAUAUAAAUGUGAAAAAAAACAUUUAUUCAAUAUUUCCUUAUUUCAUGUUAUACACAAUUUAUGGUGUCCCCAUGAUUUCUGCCUUUUUCAAUGUAAAGGUAGUUACAGCAAAAACUAUGCCACUGAAUUUUUUCGUUUAAAAGAAUUAGAAAGUAUGGAAAAGCAGAAAAGAUUAUUUCUACAGGCAAAAGUAUUUUGUCUAUUUAAUUCUUACGGAACUUUGCCAGUGAACAAGAAAAGUGUCGAAUCGGAGUACACCAACGAUAUUGACAGGAUUAUAAAGAAUGCAAAUAAUCCGUGGGAAGUGCUUCAGAUGAACACAUAUACCAAACUGGACAUCUCUGAUAAAACGGAGUUGAAAAAAAUGGCAAGAAAAAAUUAUCAUAAGUUGGCAUUAAAAGUUCACCCAGAUAAAAAUAAAAAUGAUAAUGCAUCAUUGGCGAUGAAUAUUUUAACCAACUCAAUGCAAAGCAUAAUGUCAAUAUAA